AUGGGUUACAAAUUCUCUUCCCUUGUAACAACGUUGUUUUUACUUGUAGCAUCAUCCUAUGCAAUCUCAAAAGAGGAAGUGAAUGCUAUUUGUAAGGAAACCAAUAAUCCUUCAUUUUGUGUUACUCUUCUAAGCCCACAUCUUAAUGCGACCUUCUAUGAACUUAUAGAACACACCAUUGAUGGGGAACGUCUCAGCAUUACCAACACAAUAAAAUUAAUCAAUGCUCUUAUUUCUCAAAGUGCAAAGAAUCCGACAGCUCAGAAACAUUACAAAGUAUGUUUAGAACAUUUGAGUAAGGAUGCCCUCAGCGAUCUUGAGCGUAGCCAAGAGUUGUUAAAGAAGGGAGAUUAUCAAAAUGUGGGUGUGGCUGCUCUUGCAAUAGUAUUAGAUGUUGAAGAUUGUCGCGUAGGAGGGUCACCUUUUCUAGACCCUUCCAUGCUCCCAAAAUAUUUAUCUGCUGUCGAUCUCUUUGCUCAAAUGAUUAUUUCUAUAUCUAAAUAUUUGCAUCGUUAA